AAAAGAUGCAAUGCCCCAAAGAGCCAAAACAAAAAUAAAGCGAAGAACAAACAAAUAGCGGAUGAUAGCAAAGUCAGAAGACCUGUUACCAAAAGUUCUGUUUGGGGCUUUCCGGUGAAACAGCCAUUGACGGCGAGCUAGAGCACCGAAGCUCUCAAUCUGGUGGACAACAGCAAGACGGAGGAAGGUCCCAGUCAUGGAGAAUGGAACUUGAAACAGCACAAUCCUUCAGAAAUCCCAUUUUAAGGGUCGAAGAGAUGGUAAAUUUGGGUUUCUCUGUUCUGUUUUCUGCUAUUGGAAUCUUGCAGCCAGUGGAGUUGUGGUUUGGAAUAGGAUGCACGUAGACUGUGCUGGAAACCUUGACUCCUGAAAGAGACAGCAAUGGAAGAUCCUCGUUCUGUCAAUAGUCCCAGAAGAAUCCUCAGUUUCAAUAGGAAUAAGAGGGCAACUGUUUCCUUUCCUGAUCCAGAUAACAGGGCUUCUGGGGUUGGUAUUUCUGCAUACGGUCCAAAGCCUUCAGAAGUUUAUGGGUUUGUUGGGUCCAUUUCAACUGUUGUUUCAACAGUUCUUUUCUUGGUAUGGGCAUAUGUUCCUGAGCGGUGGUUACAUUCUAUUGGGCUUUUCUACUAUCCUAGCAGGUACUGGGCAUUAGCGGUGCCAACUUACGCAAUGGUGACAGUAGUAUUAGCAAUUGGAUUUUACAUUGGCCUCAACUUCAUGGCAACCCCUCCUCCAACUUCCUUCAACACAAUGUUUGAUGAAUUUAGUAGAGAACCUUUGGGCUUUGUCCCUUCAGCAGAAGGAAGUGAGCAGCCCAUCGAGCCCAUAUCUGAUAUUAGCAUCAACCAAAUCAAUGACCUCAUGUUCAAUGACCUGAAAUGAUCAUCCAGCUCUAGUAAUUUUGAUCUUAUGCCCUCCUUGGAGAUAUUUGUGCUUAAUCUAUUGAAAACUAUUCUGACAAAUUUUCUUUUUCAAAAUAUUCAUAAAAUAAAUUUUAAUGAAAUUGACUUGGCUGAUUUCUCAUUCAUAGAAUGUAUGAAAUCAAUAGCUCAUAUUAACUGGUUCAACUUUGAUAACAAAAAUUGUUUUCUGGAAAGAGGGCACUUCAAGAGUAAUCAACUAUGGAAGUUACAUGGUAAUUGAAGAGGUUGAAUUUGACACAUGAUUGGUUAAUUACAAUGCACCCUCAGUUGACCAAUCAAUUCCUUGAAGCCAUGGUCUACGCGGGCUAUUUGGUGGUUGAACCAGGUACUUCAAUACUUGGUUAACAUGUAAGAGCUUAUAACCAGGUUAUUGUAUUCUUCCUUUAAUGAAUGUGUGAGGAACACUAGUCAAAUUGGGAAUUCCAUGUAGAUUGAGAUAGAGUUUCUGAGAUUUGGCUUGCUAAUGUAUUUGCCCUGCAAUUGUUAUUUUCGUAGUGAACGUUGAUUGUCUUCA